AUGAUUUGUGAUCUACCAACAGAACUGCACCAAUGCAUCUCAGAUCAUCUGGCAUCGGAUAAAGACCUCAACGCUCUUGUUAGAGCCUGCAAGUCUCUAUACCACUCUCUGAAUCCGCAUCUCUAUCUGAGAGAUGUGUUACAUUCCCACAGCGCGGCAUUGCUCUGGGCAGCCUCGCAUGGCCGUGUCGAGACCACCAAAAAGGCUCUCGCGGCUGGUGCCGACAUUCACUGUCGUAUUGACAUGAGCGGCACUGCAAUUCACGUCGCAGCUCGAAGCGGACACUUGGAAGUUCUCAAAAUCCUCUUCGAGGUUGAGGGAGCUAAUGCCGACGCUACAGACGAGCUCUCCGGCCUCACCCCUCUCUGUCUGGCCGCCAUCAACGGACAUGACCACAUUAUCGACUAUCUCAUCUAUUCAUGUAAUGCGGAUCCGAACGUGUCGACCAGAUUCUACCAGCAGACGCCGCUGAUAUUGGCAACCGAGUCAGGACGCAUCAAGACUGUUGAGAAAUUGCUAGCCACGGGCAGAGUCAACGUCAACCAGCUAGACGUCACGACCAACUCUGCUCUUCUGCAUGCGUGCACAUCUGGAAAUCUAGAUAUCGUGAAGCUCCUAAUCGCAGAUCAAAGAUGCGAAGUAAACACGAAAAACAACAAGGGAAUCGCACCGCUUACACAGGCAGUCCUGCAUUGCCACCCUCAGAUAGUCCGCGCCUUGAUCACGGUCGAAGGGCUGGAUAUCAACGUUACCGAUGAAAUACGCAACUCACCACUCAACAUUGCCGUCAGGAAAGGAUACGCAGAUAUUGUACAGAUACUCCUGGACACAGGGAAAGUGGACAUAGAGUACAGAGGGAGCGAUGUCGAUGGCACACCGCUGGUCUGUGCUGCAAAACACGACCACGAAGAUGUACUCAGAUUGCUCCUCGCAGUGUCAGGGAUAGAAAUUGAUGCCCGCGACUUGAUAGACUAUACACCACUCAUGUGGUCUGCACGGCAAGGAAACUACUCCAUCUUUCGAAUGCUUCGCGACGCAGGCAACGUCAACCUAGACGCUCGAGACGCCGGCGGCCGCUCAGUCGUCAGCUGGGCCUUGGACUCUGGUAGCUACGAAAUCGUCUACGACCUAUUACACUCCAACAAGGUCUGCCUGACUACGACCCAGCCAGAACCACCACUAUGGACGGCAACUCGAUCUCGAUACUGGGAUACAGCGAUACACGCCAAAGUCGUACAGCUCCUCCUCGACCACGACGACGUAAAAGACGACUUUGUAGACGCUCGUGGCUGGACACUCCUCGCCAACGCCGUGAAAUGGGACGUUGGAUGCAUCGUGACAAUGCUACUGGACUCACCCAAGAUCAACAAACAAACCGUCGACCGCAAGGGUCGGACUCUCCUCCACAUUGCGGCCUGUUUCGACGCCUAUGAGUCUGCAGAGGUUCUGCUACGUCGCAAAACGUGUGAUAUCAACGCUCGUGAUAGAGACGGCAGAACCGCACUCCUCUAUGCCUGCGAAUUCAACCGCGAGGAAGUUCCAAAAUUGUUACUUGAGGAGGAAGAUUUAGACUUGGACGCUGUGCAUCCCGUAUCAGGCCAGAAUGCUUUGUUCCACGCAUUCGAGAAGGAGUGCAGAGCUACGUGGAUUACGAUGCUGCAAACAGGGAGAGUGAGCUGCGAUAGUAAAGAUCGCAACGGGAGGACGAUGCUAUCGAUAGCUGCCUCGAGGGGAUGGAUAUGGAAUAUAAAGAGAUUGAUUAACUUGGGCGCUGAUCCUUGUGCAGGAGAUGAUGAUGGGAUGACACCGCUGGAGAGAGCCCGAGACGGCGGUUACUACGACAUUAUUGCGAUGCUGGGAGGGAUGAUGCCGAGGAGCAUAUCCUAA